AUGAGAUUAUUCCGUGCUCUUUGGACGUCUUUUAAAUGUGGAGAUAGUAUUAAGGAAAUAAGAGUGAUUAAUCAGCAUCAUAUAGACGCAUUUUCUACUUUGACAUGUGAUUCUAACAAGAUUCAUAAAGGCAAUCAAAAAUCAUUUGUGAAUGGAGCUUUUCUUAACAGUAUCGUAGCUGGAAUAAUGGGAACAAAAUUACCCGGUGAUGGAACGAUUGUCAUCUCUCAAAAUUUCUCAUUUCCAUCGAAAUGCUAUGUUGAUAUCCCAAUAGAAUUUACUGUUGAACUUGUUGAAGUAAGAAAGAUUAUUAAAGCAAGAUAUCAAUGUGUCCAAAAUGACAUUGUAGUUUUUGAAGGAGAUGCUAAAUUAAUAAUGAAUAAAGGUACCAAAUAA